AUGGCCACCGGGAAUCGUUCCCUUGGCAACGGAAGCACGGACGACGUCGCCGCGCUGGCGACGUCCGGCGACGUCGCGCUGGCGGCGUUGGUCGGCGCGCUCGUCGUCUGCGUCAUUCUGCUGUCGGUCGUCAGCAACUGCGUCGUCCUGCUGACCGUCUACGUCGAGCCGUCGCUGCGCGUCGCCGCCAGCGCCUACAUCGUGUCGCUAGCGCUUGCCGACCUGCUCAUCGCCGCCCUCGUGCUGCCGCUGCCGCUGCCGGCCGCCGGUCGCGCUCUCGGAGAUCGCCUGCUCGGACCGCACUACUGUCUUGCGUGGAGCGUGCUGAACGCUCUCUGCUGCGCGGCUUCGUCGUGGAGUGUUGUCGUCAUCAGUAUCUAUAGGUACUUGGCGAUCAGCAGAGCGCUGCAAUAUCCGCACGGGUGCACGAUGCGCACGUCCGUCGUCGUCAUCGCCGGCGUCUGGAUCCUCAGCGCCGCCAUCUCUCUGCCGCCGCUAUUCGGCUUCGGAAUUCGAUUUCUAUUGUUAUUAUAA